AUGUCUGCCAAAACUGCCGUCUUGACCGAUAAGGCACCCAAACCUUUACCGGGCAUUUACUCUCAGGCAAUCAUCGCCAAUGGUGUUGUGUACUGCUCUGGUGCUGUCGCACUUGACCCCGCUACAGGAAAGCUGAUCGAGGGAGAUAUUAAGGCUCACACUCACCAAUGCAUCAAGAACCUCACACAUGUUCUGGAAGCCGCCGGUACAAACAUCGACAAGGUUGUGAAGGUCAACGUCUUCUUGGCGAAUAUGGACGAUUUUGCUGAGAUGAACUCGGUCUACACGCAAUACUGGGGUGAUGUCAAGCCCUGCCGAACAUGUGUUGCCGUUAAGACUCUUCCACUCAACACUGAUGUGGAGAUCGAGUGUGUGGCAGUUCUAUAG